AUGCUCUCCGCCGGCGAACGCCCGCAACCCGCCAUGAAGAACAAGGGCGCGGUGGUCGACACCCCCCUCAACAUCAACCACACCACCACCAACCCCAUGUGGGCGGACCAGACCCAGCCGCAGCCUCCGGCGCAACCGCGGCAGCAGAUCCAACACAUCUGGGUGGUGACGGGGCCCGCCGGGUGUGGGAAGAGUACCGUCGGGCGCGGUCUGCAGGAAGAACUGGGGGUACCGUUCUUAGAAGGCGAUGAUGUAC